AUGUACACUUGCAGGGACUAUACCCCAUUCAGCCCUAACCCGAGCUUCGACAUGAUAUUCCCCCAUCUCGACUUUCCCCCCAAUUUCACCACAACACCCCCACCAAACCCCACCAUGUCGAAACCGAAUCCCUUCCUCACCCUACUCCGGCGCCACUACACCCAACAUGUCUCACCCUUCACGCGUCCGAACAGCUCCCCACUCCGUCCCCAAUGCCUCCGCGCCCGCUUCCAACAACGCAACCCCCAACAGCGCCGCUCCGUAGGCGGCGGCCCCGGCCUCGACCCAAACUUCGUCUCCAUCCUCGACCGGCCCGCGAAAAUGGCGCGAGUGGGCAAGCAACACGGCUACGGGCUCAUCAUCCUGGCCGCCAUCCCCGCCACCGCCUUCAUACUUGGGUGUUGGCAGGUGCAGCGUCUAGGCUGGAAAACCGAUCUCAUAGCGCGGUUUGAGGAUCGGUUGACGUUUCCGCCGCUGGAGCUGCCGCUGAGGAUUGAUCCGGAGGCGGCCAAGGGUUUCGAUUAUAGGAGGGUGUAUGCGACGGGCGUGUUGCGGCAUGAUCAGGAGAUGUUGAUUGGGCCGAGGAUACUGGAUGGCGAGGAAGGGUAUACGGUGGUUACGCCGUUGGAGCGCAAAGAUGCGAGGGGAAAUGUACACAAGAUUCUGUGCUGCAGGGGAUGGAUCAAGAAGGAUACGGCGGCACAGUGGUUUAGGAAGAAGAAUGGCGCGUUGCCAGAGGGCGAGGUCAGGAUUGAGGGCUUGCUCAGGAUACCAGCAAAGGGAAACAUGUUUACGCCGAAGAAUGAGCCGGAGAAGGGGAAGUGGUUCUUCCCUAGUGUCGAAGAGAUGGCGGAAUGGAGUGGGAGCCAACCUAUUUGGGUGGAAGAGACAAUGGUACCGGAUCUCCUCACAAACUAUGAGCGCGAACCAAAGGGAAUACCAAUCGGCAGACCGCCGACGGUGAAUUUGCGGAAUAAUCACACACAAUACAUCUUCACAUGGUAUGUCCCCCACAGCGCAGUCGCAGCCUGCGCCCAGCUCACAAGAGACAGGUACGCGCUAAGCUUGGCCACUUCUGUCAUGUUCUGGAUGGUGGUCAAAAAGCCCAUCUCUGGCAUCCAACGAAGAGUCCGGCAUAGCGUCGAUUGGUCAUAA